AUGGCGGCGCGGCGGCUGUUGCGGGCCCCGUGGGGCGCGCGGGGGGCAGCGGGGCGCAAGCAUGCGGGGGCCGUGCAGCCCGGGGCCCUGCAGCUGCCCCCGGCCCUGGUGCGGGCAGCGAAGAUCCUGCUGCAGGAGGGAGGCUGGAGCCGGGCGCAGGCGGAGGUGCUGAGGCAGCGGCUGUGGGGGCGGCGCCCCCCCGGGGAUUCGGGAGCGAGGAAGCGGAGCCGGAGCCCGGAACCCGAAGUGAGGGACACGGCGGAGGCGGCGCGGAGCUACCUGGCGGCUCGCCUGGCGCGGGACUAUGCGGCCGUGGGGCGGGCGCUCAGCGAGAUCCGGGUGCGCGCCCCCGACUUCGCCCCCAGGACCCUGCUGGACUUCGGCUCCGGGCUGGGCACCGCGUGCUGGGCGGCACAGGGCAUGUGGGGCCGCAGCCUGCAGCAGUUCGUGUGUGUGGAGCCCAGCGGAGCCAUGAGGGAGCUGGCUGAGCGCCUGCGCCACGGUGCUGCUGGAGAACGGGACCCGCGCCGGGCACCAGGCGCUGAUGGAGGCACGGGAGGAGCUGCUGCAGGGACCCGACGCUGACGCUGUGGAGAUCUUCGCCCCGUGUCCCCACCGCCUGCCCUGUCCCCGGCUGAGCCAGGGC